AUGGGACUGAUCAAGCACUUCUUUGUUAUUAACUCACGUGGCAACCCCAUCAUCAUUCGUGCAUUCCUUGAUGAAACAAACAUCGCAGUUGUAGAAGAUUUCUACCAGCGCUUGACAGAAGAGCCACCGCCACCACCAAUUUUCAGAUUAGAGCAACUCACAUACUGCUGGGUUAACUGCGCAGGACUUUACUUCGUUGUUGCAACACCGGAGAAUAUGUCACCAUCCACACUCGAGCUUUUACUCCGUCGUAUUACAGUUGUUCUUUCAGACUACCUUGGCAAGUGCACAGAGCUUUCUAUUCAGAAGAACCUUGCACUUUGCUACGAAGUUGUUGAUGAAGUUCUUUCUUUCGGCUGUCCACAAGCUACAGAUUCAUCAAUGUUACUUCACCUUGUUCACAAUGAAGUCGAAUACGAUCAGAACUUCCUUACAACAUUCUUGCAGACAGAAAUCUUCCCAGGCGAAGGCUUCGAUCGUCCACUUGCCCUUAAGACAUCCGAACGUACAAAGACUAACAAUGAAAUCUUCAUUGUUCUUUCCGAAAAAUUGUCUCUUACAUUAACAGCCCAGGGCAACAUCAUCAACUCCAAUAUUACCGGCCUUUGCACGGUCAAAUCUUUCCUCCAAAGUGUCCCAAGCUGCGUCAUCCAAUUGGAUUCGCAGGCCUUCUUCAAGACACGUAACAUGCCAAAGAAUUUACUUUACGAGUACGAUGAUAUUACUUUCGCUCCUUAUGCUUUGACAAAUUCAUUCGACUCUGAUCGUUCGAUAUCAUUCUGCCCACCUCAAGGUUCAUCACUUCUCUUCACAUACCGUACAACACGCCCACCAAGCCCUCCACCAUUUACUGUUGUUCCUUAUUUCGAAAAUACACAGCCAAAGGUUGUUGUUGUCCGUGUUGCAGUUACAUCUACAUUCCCAGUCGAUGUCAAGGCUACAGAUGUUUCAAUCAUAUUCCAAUGCCCAGUUGAAACUUCCUCUGCUUCAUGUGAACUUCCUCAGUCAGUCUUAGACAAACAAUCAAGUGAGUUUGAUAGCAAGAACCGCCAGGUUGUCUGGAGAAUCAAGGAAUUUGGAGGUCUCGCUGAAUACAACGCUAGAUUCCGCUUCAUCUUCGAUGGAGGCAUCCCAGGAGCUGCUGAAACACUUCUCGGCCCAAUCGCUAUCGACUUUACAAUCGCUGGACCACUGCCAAGUGGACUUUCAGUUAAGAACUUCAUAGUUUCCACUCAGGGAACAUCUAAUGAGCCUCAUAAGUGGAUGAAGGAAAUCACACAGGCUGGAAGUUAUACAUUCAACUUCAUUUAA